UAGAAAAACCCACCAAUCACAGUGUCACUUAUUCAGUUGACUACAAAGUCUUUCCGUCAAUAAUACUCUCUCUGCUAUUCAUGGCCUAAACUUCAUCCAAAUGUUUGAGAAUUUUCUUGACAAACGAGACUCAGAACUUUAUGGAGUCACACACUAAAAACCAAGGGAGUAAUAGUGGCUCCCACGAACCAGAUUUUCUCCGACUGGUUUCUCACCACCAACAAAGCCAACCCAAUCCCGGACAAGCCCCCACCGUCCACCGUCACUCCACCACCACCACCUCCUCCUCCACUAUCCCUACAAACACUGCCAAUAACACCGAUAAUAACAACAAUAAGAAUGAUUCCGCAGCCAAGAAACCAUCCAAGGACCGACACACCAAGGUGGAUGGCCGAGGGCGGCGCAUCCGCAUGCCAGCCGUAUGCGCAGCCAGAGUUUUCCAGCUGACCAAAGAGUUAGGACACAAGUCCGAUGGUGAGACUAUAGAAUGGCUUUUGCAACAAGCUGAACCAUCAAUUGUAGCUGCCACUGGCACAGGUACUAUUCCGGCCAAUUUUUCGACUCUAAACGUUUCUUUACGCAGCAGGGGAACCACCAUUUCAGCUUCACCAUCCAAGUCUGAGCCUCUCUUUUUCGGUGCCACCACUGGCAUGCUUGGGUUCCACCACCAGCUCACCUCAAACGGUGGUGGUUUUGGGCAAUACCUAGAUGCUGCAACCUCACAUUCAGAAGAUAAACCUAGGAGAACCAUCAUGAAAGAUCACGAACCGGGUUCACAGACAAAACCCGGGUCAUCUCAGUCCUCGAGCUUCAUCCAGGCUCCCGCCGUGUGGGCUGUGGCACCAGCAACCGCCAAUGUCGGGAACGCCUUCUGGAUGCUGCCUGUGACUGGUGGAACUGCCAUGGCUCCUGUGGGUGCAGGCCAGCAAGAACACCCCUUCUGGCAAUACAAGCCCUCCCCCAAUCAAAGAAUUGAUGGUUUUGAGUUUUCAGGUGGUGGCAACCGUUUCAACCCCGGAUCAAUGGUGGUGCAAAACCCAUCGCCUUCAGUUCAGCAGCUGGGACUCGUCUCAGACUCUACAAACAUGGGAUUACUGGCCUCUAUCAACGCAUAUAGUAACUGUAACAGUAGGAUCGAUUUGGGCAUGAAUUUACAGCAAAACCAGCAACAAGAUAAUGUCAGUGAUGAUGAAAAUCCCAAAAAUUCUUAAUAGUUCCAUAUUGAUGAUUCGUAUUAGAAAAUAAAAUCCCUAUAUUUUUCUUGUUGAAUUCUUAGUUUUUCUAAGCUGGAUUUUACGUAGUUUAUUAAUUUCUUGAUGAUAAGAUUUCUACUUUUGUUCA